AUGUACAAUAAAAAUCAUGGUCUAGACAAGGGAAAGGAAAAAGUAAAUAAAGAAUCGGUAACCAAUCUGAAGACGAUGGAGAGUCAGCAGAACAAGAAGAAACAAAAGGGGAUGGCGGAAGAAGAAUCUAAUGUCCAAUCUAAGAAGAAUUUUUGUGAAGAAAUUUUUCCAUUUCUUCUUUUUGGAUUCAUUAUUGAUCCAACUAAAGGAAAUCAGAAAGCUUACUCAUGCAACUUUUAUAGCAGAAAGUUUAUUACUCCACAAGCAAAAGGUGGACACCAAAAUUGCCACAAAUCUGAGAGAAAACUCAAGAAAAAUAAUGAAACAAUGAAAAAAGCUUGGGAACUUUUCUCUAAUGGUAAUCAUGUGAGAUGUCAAUAUCAAUAUUAUGAAUUUGACAUAAUGAAUCAGAAAGCUAUAGGGUCAUCAAGUUUUAAUGCACAAGAUUUGCAUUGUACUACAUUGGAGCAUAUUCCACAUAUUGAUCAAGACAAUGUGAGUCGACAAGUUACUAUGACUGAGAAUGACUUUGAUUUGGUUUCAGAGGGAGGUGUUGAUAGUAAUGUUGACCAUGAACACAAAGUGACUCAUAAGGAGGAAACAUCCAAAGAUACUGAUUUGAAUCUUAAGCUUUAA